AUGACCAAAUUGACAAAGUCACCUCCACCCGCCUACCCAGGCAAGGCGAUCCCCCAAGGCUCUCUUCAGACUGCGGUGCCCUACGAGAGUCUGCCACAAGGCACGCAGCAGCCCGUGCCCGUCACCACGGCCGUGUUACCCAGUUCCUACCACGAUCCUCUGCCCGACACGAACCCUUUCUCCCCAAACUUCAGGCCUGGGCCCGCGUCGACCGCUACGCCGCCGCCAACCACAGCGACUUUCUCCCCAGUCUCACCGAUCGCCGAGUCGGGUCCCAUUGAGCGCCCCGCAGAAGCACCUGUCCAAGCGCCCACGCCGCAGAGACCCAAUGGCGACCAACGUCAGUCGGUCGACCUGCGACGCCUCGACGGAAAGCCGUACCCUGGAUCCAACUCCGCUCCCGAGAAGCAGAAGCCCAAGGUCGUCAAGGUGGCCAAGGACAUGCACGAUGGCGCGCUCCCGCCGGUGUACAGGCGUCAAGCGUCCGAUCCCAUCAACCCCACAGUGGUGACGGACGCCUCGUCCGACGCGCACAAGUGUGGCAAAUGCGGCAAGAAACCUGGUCAGGGCGAUGGUCACGGGCACAGUUGCAACCAGUGUGGCAAACGCAAGUCCAACGUGACAGCGUCGACCCCUCCCGCCGCUGCCCCCGCGCCGAUGCCCACUGCGACCGCGCAUGCUCGGACCAUUUCCGAAGGGCAGGCGUCCCAUGGCUCGUCCAGACUGUCGGAGAGCACUGCUGGGCCCUCGAGUUCCCCAGGAUCGUCGACCGGGACGCGGUGCUGCACGAAAUGUGGAAGAUACAAACGGCCCAGCCCGGUGCCCAAUCCGUUUGACCAGCUCCGUCCCAAUGGAUCAGGGCCAGCGACCGCCCCCGUGCCCAUGGCGAACCACCCUGCCAUGCGACUCGGUCUUUCCAUCCAGCCCAAUGCGCCUGCGAACAACCCCGCGUAUCCCAAGAUUGACGUGAUCCCUCCGUCGGCCUCGACUUACCGAGCGGUCAACUCCCCGUUCACGACCUACGGAGACGACUCGCCGCUGGUGGGCAAAGCCACCAAGCAAGAAUUCAAGCUGUUCCGCAACUCUUCGCUCGCCCGAUCUCUCUCGCGCCGUCUCAGCAAGAAGGACAAGACGGUCCCGUCGGCGGCGGCCCCUCUUCCCAGUCAGCAACUAGCUCGCCAGAGCGGGGAACAAAGCGCCGGGAUCCUGAUCAACAUGAUCAGCUCCGCCAUGCAAGGACCUGGCAGCGAGCGCGACGCCCCCUACACCAAACUUUCGGCGGGCAGCGAACAGGCAGACCGUCCUGAGACUCCCUUCUCGUUUGUGGGCGGCAAGGACGAGCAAGACGCUUUCGAAAUGGUCGACCUCCGUGACCGAGCGUCGGUCUCGAGCCAGGAUAGCAUGAAAGAAGUGGUCAAACCUGAGAUCAGCGUGACGCCCUCAGACAGCGAGUUCCAGUCUGGCGUCCCCGACCAUAUCGACGUCAUUCCCCGAUCCAAGUCGGAGGAAGUCGAGAGGAACCAGCAUUUGUCGGUAAACGGUGCGGACAAAGGCCCGCCGGUCACGAUCACGCGGUUCAAGAGCUUGAGACAGGGCGUCUCGAGGAUGGGCAGUGUCAGCCGCUCGACCAGUUUGAAGAGGCUCGGCAGUUUGAAGACGGUGCACCAUGCCUGGUACGUGGAGGGGACUGACGGUAAUAAUGAGAACAUCGUUCCUGUCUUCUAG